UUGUUGUUGAAGUGAUGUAAGAAAAUUUUUUAAAAAUUCGUACAGUGCAGAAGUAAAUUAAUGUUUGAGUGUCGUAAUUGUUUUUUUUUUUUGUUUAAAGUAAUUUAAAAAAAAGUUUUUAUGUUGUUUUGGUCGCUUCCUAGUUGGGAAUCGAAGUUGUUGACCGCACAUCGAGCCACGUAGCCAGUGUUUUUAUUUUUCAAACAUAAUAAUAACUGUUUUGAAACAUUGUUUUUUCUUAUAUAUAUUUAUUUUGAAACAUUUUUGUGGAUGUUUCUCUAUUUUAAAAAACAUUUAUUUACCAGAAAAUUUUGAAAAAAAAAAUGAGACUAUUCUAAGACUUUUAUUAUCGAACACCCAUAUCCAGAAAAAAAAAAUUGUACUUUAAUUAUGUGUUAGAAAUUUUGAGAAAAAAGUUUUCCAAUUUUUAUAUUGAAACGAAAAUAUUUUUAAUUUAAAAAUAUGAUGGCCCCGCAAUACUUAUGUUGCCUGUAUUUGGCAACAGCUGGUCAACAAGGAAACAAUUUGGGCUCAGAUGAGGAAGAAAUUGUUCUGUUAAUUUAUGUUAUAAUUGAUGUUGCUCAAAAUGAGGUGAUUGGUGCUCGACAGUAUCUAGUAAAACCAUCCGUUGCAGAUGUUAAUGGUAAUGUUUUAUCCGAACAAGUACAAAUGAACAGUUUAUUAACCGAAGAAAUGGUAAAAACGGCUGGACAACCUUUAGCAACAGUAAUAUACGAAUUCGAUAGGUAUUUACAAAGUGUAUUAGACAUCAAAUCAUCAACUACAACGCCAUCUAUAAAUGGAACAACACAACAAACAUUACCACAACAACAAAAUGGUCAAACAGUUCCAUUACAUUUAACAAAUUUUCAAUUUAUUACCGAUGGACAAUUACCAUUACGACAAUGUUUACAUCCGGAAUGUUGUUCGAAAAAUAUUGAGUUAAAUGACUAUUAUACCUUGUUUUUUGAUUUACGAAAAGAAGUACAUAAAUAUUUGACGGUUAAACAACAGCAACAGCAUGCUUUAAAUGGUACUCAGGUAGCGGUGCCACCAGUUAAUACAAAUUCAAUGAAUAAUUUACUGGCAAUUGCUGGUGAACAACAACAAAUUACUCCAAUGCCAACAAAUAUUACGGAAAUGAUUGAACCAUUAGGAUUAAAACGGGAUAUUGAAAAUGAAUUUUACAUAAAAGAAGCAAAAGAUAUGGUUAAUAUUGUUAAAACAUUAAUAUCAAAUGGACAUCGAUUUGAAAAUCCAGAAACAAUAAAUUUAGUCUUGGAACCUGGAAUAUGUUUAAAAAGUGACAAAAUUGAAAGUAAUUGUGUGGUUCGAGCUCGAGGAUUACCGUGGCAAAGUAGUGAUCAAGAUAUUGCAAAAUUUUUCAUAGGAUUAAACAUUGCUAAGGGUGGUGUUGCAUUGUGUUUAUCGGCUCAAGGACGACGUAACGGUGAAGCGUUAGUACGAUUUUGUUCACAAGAACAUCGUGAUUUAGCCUUAAAAAGGCAUAAACAUCAUAUGGGUACUCGAUAUAUUGAAGUGUAUGAGGGUAAUGGUGAUGAUUUCAUAGGUGUUGCUGGAGGUAGUUCAAAUGAGGCGCAAGCAUUUUUAUCUAAAGGUGCUGCUGUAAUUAUACGGAUGCGUGGUUUACCGUAUGAUUGUACAGCACAACAAGUUUUGGACUUUUUCUCUGGUGGUGAACAUCCUUGCCAUGUUUUGGAUGGAACAGAUGGGGUGUUAUUUGUUAAAAAAGGUGAUGGCCGAUCAACGGGUGAUGCUUUUGUUCUAUUCGCUGAGGAGGCUGAUGCUUCUAAAGCAUUGUCUAAGCAUCGUGAAUUAAUUGGUAGCCGAUAUAUUGAAUUGUUCCGCAGUACAACUGCUGAAGUUCAACAAGUGCUAAAUCGAUCAAUGGAAUUACAAAAAUAUCAUGGAGUCGUUAAUCAAAUGCCACAAAUUCUUCCACAUCAAUUGCCACCGUUACCAUUAUUACCACAACAUAUAAUUACAUCCGGGACGCGGAAAGAUUGUAUACGAUUGCGAGGUUUACCAUAUGAAGCACAAGUUGAACAUAUACUUGAAUUUUUGGGUGAAUUCGCCAAAAAUAUUGUUUUUCAAGGUGUUCAUAUGGUAUAUAGUUCACAGGGUUCACCCAGUGGUGAAGCAUUCAUACAAAUGGACUCAGAAAAAAGUGCAGGCUUGGCCGCACAACAAAAACAUAAUAGAUUUAUGUUCUCUGGCAAAAAACAUCGGUAUAUUGAAGUGUUUCAAUGCAGUGGUGAGGAUAUGAAUUUGGUACUAAAUGGCGGUAUACCAGCACCUGUUUCACCACGGAAAGGUGUUGCCACAGCACUAAUAUCACCAGGUAUACUUCCUGCACCGGCAGGUCCUGCUGCUGGUCCAACAGCAGGACAGCCACCAACAGUCCCACAAAUAAAUACCACUGUUGCACAAAUCCAACAAAAUUUAGUUACGCCAAAUCCAGCGUUGACAUGGGAAAAUCCAGCUUUGUAUGCUCAGCAGCAAGCGCAAAUGAUUGCUCAACAAAAUAUGUUAAUCAAACAGCAUAUUGCAUCAGCUCAAUUAGCAGCAAUACAAGCUGCGCAAGCCCAACAACAAUCCGAAUUAGCUUAUAUGAAUCAAUUUAAUAAUACAGCCGCGCGACAAUUGCCACAAGGUUUAUUCACUAUACCUGGUCAGCCAGGACUAUUCCAGCAUCAAAGUCCCCUAUUACCACCAAAUUUCCAAUUCACACAAUCUCCACAACAUCCAUUAAUAUAUUUACCUGGUGCACCAAGACUUCCAGCUCCACCACAAUUCCAACAGCCUCAUAGUCAAAUGAUUGGCUUAAAACCACCAUUAAUUCCAACUGCUGCUCCACCCCCUAUACAACCUCAACCACCUGUUCCUACAAUGAUUCCACAAUUUAUAUACCAGAACAGCUUUGUACCAACUGGUGGUAAGCGUUCGUAUGGCGAUGCUUUUACUCCCACAGCUACAACUGAAAGUGGUACACCAUCAAAGCGUGUAGCAAAUUAUGCGAAUAAUGUAUAUACGUCUGUAGCAAAUUCUCAAAUUGCUGGUACUAGAACCUAUGGACAAUUUUGUGGCACUUUAAUUGCUCCUCCAGCUGGUUUCCAUGGAACAACAUAUGCUCCACAUGCCACCGGACCUGCAGGACCACCGGGUUCAUACAGCUUACAACCUCCAAUUCCAGUCCCAUUAGCAUCGCCGGCCGAUGCACGUUUUUAUAGACAUCCAUUAAUAAUAUGGCCGUAUCCUAGUCCUCCCGUUUCUCCCACCAAUUAUUACCCAUCAACAUUAGGUCCCCAUACAGGUCCCAUACAAUCACCACCAGGUCAUCAAGGCCCUAUGUUACCACCGGAAUGUAUUCCUAUACCAGCACCACUUGGACCAAUGGGACCUAUGACACCGGCUGAUGUGGCAGCAGCAAUUAAUUCUAGGCAAAUGGAACAUGAUAAACAUGGUAUGGGAGGACACCCUCAACAACAUCAAGCAUUAAUUCCACCCCAAGGAAAUGGUGCUUUUCCAACCACAAAUUAUGUAGAAAUAUUUAUGGCUUAACCGAAAAUUUAAAUAAU